GAAUCUAUGAUGAAUGUAUAAUCAAAGAAUAUAGGCACAUAGGUAACAUAGGUUAGUCACCUAGCACUAGCAAAGUAGCGAAUAGCGAAGAAUAUAAAUAGAAAGCAAAAAGCAACUUUUUUUGUUAAUUCAAAAAUACGAACCCGUAGUUCUAAUGAAAAAUAGCAAUGCUGAAAUCAAUAACCCUUGUAUCAAAGAACAAGAACUAACGUACAAAUGUUUUAAUGACCAUAAUUUUGAUAAAGCAGCAUGUCAACUUGAGAUUCAUAAUUACAAAGUUUGCAAAAGUUUUUGGCAUUCUGUUAAACAACAAAGGAUAAAGGAUGGAUUGAGACCCAUACUUCCACCAGUAGAAGACAGAGAAAGUAUAAAGCAAGAAUACUUUUCCAAGCAUCAUAAUUGAGCUUUAGGUACAUAUUAUAUUUUAUGAAUUGUAACAAAAUUGAUGGUGAAUACAUUUUAAGAUGAUUUUGUUUU